CGCGCAGUGGGCGGGGCCUACGAAGCAACCAUUUAAUUCAUGAUCACGUUAGAGUCCGCACGCGAUUUCUCGUCGAAUUUUCUUCGCAAAAAAAAAAAUGCCGCCUACAGGUGAAGUGGUGAUUGGCAGCGAGGCCCGGGUGUGUGCGGAGAAUCGCCUGCGCUGGGACCUCACGCCGCAGCAGAUCCAGCAGUUUUCCGAUGAGCUCAUCGCUAAGACCAAGAAGGUGUAUGAUGCUGUGGGCUCCCUGGACCUGGAAAACGUUACCUAUGAGAACACCUUGAAGGCCCUGGCUGAUGUCGAAGUGGAAUACACGGUUCAGCGUAACAUGCUUGACUUCCCUCAGCAUGUUUCCUCAUCCAAAGAUGUGCGCACAGCAAGCACUGAUGCUGACAAAAAGCUUUCAGAAUUUGAUGUUGAGAUGAGCAUGAGGGAAGAUGUAUAUCAGCGCAUUGUCACAUUUCAGGGAAAGGAGGAGGCUGAGAGUUUAAGUCCAGAAGCCAAGCGAUACAUGGAGAGACUUGUAAAGCUAGGCAAGAGGAAUGGUUUGCACCUCCCGAAGGAGACUCAGGAGGAAAUCAAAAGGAUUAAGAAGAAACUGAGCACCCUGUGUAUUGAUUUCAAUAAGCACUUGAAUGAAGAUACCACCAGCUUGUCCUUUACCAAAGAGGAGCUGGGGGGUCUCCCAGAAGAUUUUCUCAAUUCUUUGGAGAAGGAUGAUGAUGGCAGGCUGAAGAUCACACUGAAAUACCCUCAUUACUUCCCCACCAUGAAGAAGUGUUAUGUCCCUGAAACACGAAAGAAGUUGGAAGAGGCCUUCAAUUCUCGCUGCAAAGAAGAGAACUCAAUUAUCCUAAAAGAGCUUGUGGAACUUCGGGCCAAGAAGAGUUCUCUGCUUGGAUUCAACACCCAUGCUGACUUUGUGCUAGAAAUGAACAUGGCCAAAUCCAGUAAGAAGGUCUCAGGAUUCCUAGAGGAACUGGCACGCAAACUGAAGAUGCUUGGAGAAGAGGAACGUGCUAUGAUUCUGAAGCUAAAGGAGAAGGAGUGUCAGAAAAGGGGCCUGCCCUUUGAUGGACAAAUCCAUGCCUGGGAUACUCGGUACUUCAUGACACAGGUGGAAGAGACUCAAUAUGCAGUGGACCAAAAUCAGCUGAAAGAGUACUUCCCCAUGGAAGUGGUGACACAUGGGCUGCUGGACAUCUAUCAGGAGCUGCUAGGCCUUUCCUUUGAGCUGGUGGAGGGCGCACCCAUUUGGCAUGAGGAUGUCACACUCUACUGUGUCAAAGAUUGUAAUACGGGAAAUGUCAUUGGUCAGUUUUACCUGGACCUCUAUCCACGAGAGGGGAAGUAUGGCCAUGCUGCCUGCUUCGGCCUGCAGCCAGGGUGUCUGCUGCCUGAUGGGACACGGCAGAUAGCAGUAGCUGCCAUGGUGGCCAACUUCAGCAAGCCUACAGCAGAUGCCCCAUCUUUGCUGCAACAUGAUGAGGUGGAAACCUAUUUCCAUGAGUUUGGCCAUGUCAUGCACCAGCUCUGCGCUCAGGCUGACUUUGCUAUGUUCAGUGGUACCCAUGUGGAGCGGGACUUUGUGGAAGCCCCCUCUCAGAUGCUGGAGAACUGGGUGUGGGAGAAGGAGCCACUGUUGCGCAUGUCUAAGCACUACAAAACUGGUAGCCCCAUUCCAGAGGAACUGUUGGACAAGCUCAUCAAGUCUCGCCUUGCUAACACUGGUCUCUUCAACUUGAGGCAGAUUGUGCUAGCUAGGGUGGACCAGACACUGCACACCAAGACUGGCAUAGACCCUGCAGACGAAUACGCCAGACUCUGCCAGGAGAUCCUGGGUGUGCCGGCAUCCUCAGGUACCAACAUGCCGGCAACAUUUGGCCACCUUGCAGGUGGUUAUGAUGCCCAGUAUUAUGGCUAUCUGUGGAGUGAGGUGUUCUCUAUGGACAUGUUUUAUGCCCGUUUCAAGCAAGAAGGCAUCAUGAAUCCGAAGGUGGGCCUGGACUACAGGAACUGCAUCUUGAAGCCUGGAGGAUCUGAGGAUGCAGAGGAGAUGCUGAAGAACUUUCUAGGGCGUGAGCCAAAGCAAGAAGCGUUCCUCUUAAGCAAAGGACUCACUGUUGAGCUGGAGCCAGGCACUCCAUGUGCUUGCUGAUCUUGUACACCAACACCAUAUCCAGUGUCAUUCCCCCCCCCCCCCCCCCCCCCCAAACACAGCUUCAGAAUAAUCUGUGGACAAAUUGUACGAAAGUGAAAAUAAAAUAAAGACCUACUUUCUCCUUUGCUGCUGCAGUGGCAGUUUUGCAUUGGAGGUUUUUAAAAUUUUGAUUGAAAUUGAAAUAAAGUUAGACUAAAUUUAAUGAAAUAAAAAUCUAAA